AUGCAGGUGUACCAGGCGGAGAACGAAUUAGCGAUAGAACGCGGCGUGAAAGAUAUUCAAGACACGUGGGCUAGCAUAGCAUUCACGGUGGCUCGACACUUCAACCGCGGCGAGGACCGAGGGUACACACUGAACCCGUGCGAUGAGAUCUCUGUCAAGUUGGAUGAUGAUGCCAUGACGCUGCAGAGCAUGGCGGCUUCACAAUUCAUUGGUCCAUUCCUCUCCGUGGUACAUACAUGGGAGCGACGCUUGUCUCUGAUAUCAGAGGUUAUUGAAGAAUGGAUGGCUACACAGCGCAAGUGGCUCUACCUAGAGGGGAUCUUUGUCGGCGGUGAUAUACGCACACAACUGCCUGAGGAAGCGAAGAAGUUCGACGAUAUUGACCGGUCUUUUAGAAAGAUCAUGUUGGAUACGGCUAAGCGGCUGAAUGUAGUCGACUGCUGUACUAUAAGUGGUAGACUGGAGGAGUUCAUUAACCUCGGCAUUGGACUACAGAAGUGUCAAAAGUCCCUGAAUGAUUACUUGGACUCCAAACGACGUAUAUUCCCGCGAUUCUUCUUCAUAUCGACGGACGAGCUGCUGUCUAUACUUGGCAGCAGCGAGUGUAGCUGUGUGCAGGAACAUAUGAUCAAAAUGUUCGACAAUAUUCGUUCAUUGGAGCUGUACGUUGACCACACUAACCGGCCUGUGGCUGCCAAAAUGAUAUCCGCUGAAGCAGAGAUAAUGGAUUUCCGUAAUGUGGUAUACACAGAAGGCCGCGUGGAAGACUGGAUGAACCUCGUGCUAAGAGAGAUGAUGAACACUAACAGGUUCAUCACCAAGAAGGCUAUCUUCUACUAUGGCAGGAACUGGAAGGUGCCGAGAACGGAAUGGAUCCUCCAAUACCAAGGCAUGGUCUGCCUGGCUGCAAACGGAGUGUGGUGGACUGCGGAGACUGAGGAGACAUUCACACGUAUCCGCAAGGGAAACAAGCGCGCUAUGAAGGAACAUUUAGCUCAACAGAACGAACAACUUGAUGGAUUAGUUGUUAAAGUCAGACAGGACCUGUCAUCAAACGACCGGCUCAAAUUCCGUACGAUCACGACAAUAGACGUGCACGCGCGUGACAUCAUCGAAGGAUUUGUGCGAGACAACGUGACGGACGCCAGUGAGUUCGAGUGGGAGAGCCAGCUCAGGUUCUACUGGCUGAAGAGGAAUGAUGGUCUUUGGAUUAGGCAGUGCACAGGGGUCUUCGAGUACGGUUACGAGUACAUGGGUCUGAAUGGUCGUCUGGUGAUCACCCCACUGACCGAUCGAAUUUACCUCACCAUCACACAGGCUCUUACUAUGCAACUAGGAGGAGCACCUGCAGGUCCCGCGGGUACGGGCAAGACAGAAACAACGAAGGACCUAGCGAAAGCCCUGGGUCUACUAUGUGUAGUGACCAACUGUGGGGAAGGAAUGGACUUCCGCGCAGUAGGACAGAUCCUCGCUGGCCUGUGCCAGUGCGGGGCGUGGGGAUGCUUCGAUGAAUUCAAUAGGAUAGAUAUUUCUGUGCUUAGUGUCAUAUCCUCACAGUUGCAAUGUAUUAGAAGCGCGCUGUUAAUGAAGCUGAAGAGGUUUACUUUUGAAGGUCAAGAAAUAGCAAUGGACAGUAAAGUAGGUAUCUUCAUCACCAUGAACCCUGGGUACGCUGGUCGCACGGAGUUGCCGGAGUCUGUGAAAGCAUUGUUCAGGCCUGUCGUCUGCAUCCUGCCUGACCUGGAGCUCAUCUGUCAGAUCUCACUGUUCUCUGAUGGAUUUCUUACUGCUAAGGUGCUAGCAAAGAAGAUGACAGUACUAUACCACGUGGCCCAGCAACAACUGUCCAAGCAGUCGCACUACGACUGGGGACUGCGUGCUCUCACUGCAGUGCUACGUAUGGCGGGGAAACUACGCAGGGACUCGCCAGGACUUAGUGAGAUUAUGGUGCUUAUGAGGGCACUCAGGGACAUGAACAAUCCAAAGUUCGUGUUUGAGGACGUGCCAUUGUUCCUGGGUCUGAUCAAGGAUCUGUUCCCUGGACUAGAGUGUCCACGCGUGGGUUACCCAGACUUCAACGCUGCGGUCAAUGAAGUACUGGAGAAGGAUGGCUAUAUCGUGCUACCUCAUCAGGUUGACAAAGUGGUACAAUUAUACGAGACGAUGAUGACUCGCCACUGUACGAUGCUGGUUGGUCCCACCGGCGGUGGGAAGACCGUCAUAUUACAUACUAUUGUCAAGGCACAGACUCUACUGGGACUGCCUACUAAACUUACUGUGCUCAAUCCUAAGCUUCUGUCAGCGGCUUCGCCCGCGUUCUCGUGGGAUGAUAAGUUGCCUAUGAGUUUGUAG